CAGUCUCACAAACCGACAGGGAAACAUGUAUAAACUCGCAGCAGUUCUUUCCCUCUUCUUCGUCGCCGCCUCCGCCGGGAUCAUCGGGGCGCCUUACGCCCACGGUGGGCUCGCCUACGGCCACGCAGCACCUGUCUUUCACGCAGCCCCGGUCGUUCACGCAGCUCCGGUAGUUCACGCAGCACCGGUCGUUCAUACCGCAUCCCUCGCCACAUCUUAUUCCAACUCGUACAGGGUCGUCCACAACUCCGUCCCAGUGGUCAAGACGGUCGCUCAUGCGGCUCCAGUCGUCCACACAGUCCAUGCAGCACCCGUAGUCCAUGCAGCACCCGUUGUCCAUGCAGUACACGCUGUCCACCCCGCCCACGUAGUCGCUGCACCGCUCGCCCUGGGGCACGGCUACCACCAUUGAAUCCUCACUCUUCCUUUCCCCACCGUCCUUUUGUAACUAUUUCGAAACCAAAAUUAUUUAUAUUCCGCACUGAAUUGUAUAUAAAAUCAUUUUUAUAUGUUA